AUGCAUGCGGUGGGCCUUCACUCCGCGCUCGCCAUCCGCCGCGAGCGCAAACGCCGGGCCGAGCAGCAACGCGCCAGAGAACGACGCUACUCUCUACAGUCCUCCGAAUCCGGGGUCACCUCCCCCCAUUGCUCCACCGGCAGCUUGGAAAGACGGCGCUUCAAGAAAACCAGAGCGUCCGAAAAUGAGGUCGUCUCGUCGGUUGGGAUGCUCCAUCUUGGAAUCGUAUUCCUCGUUCUCGGUUUGUUCCUCGUUGUCUCCGGCUGGUUCGCUGACGACAUCACUUCUUGGAGCAGCAUCGCUUCCAUCAACUGGUUCAACGAGCUGGUCUGUUCCGGAUUAUUCGCACUGGUAAUCGGCAUCUUCUUGAUUGGGCUUCAUAAAUACCUUACGAAGACUGAGGAGGAAGCGUUAGAGGACUACGUCCAAAGACAACUGACUAGAUCCCGCUCAGGUCAUAGAUUGGAAAGAGAUGCCGAGACUGGUGGAAUGCACACGAAGAAUACGAGGCGUGCGAGAGCCGCAGAAGUCUUGCCAGAGACCAUAACUGAAACCUACACGGAACCAUCUCCGGAACGAGCUCAUGGAUUUGUCAAUGCACUUGCUUUAAACGGUGACGCUAUGAGAGAAUCGCCUUUAGAGCAAAUUGUGGAAGAAGAAAUUUCAGUCGCUUCAGAGAACGAUAGAAGGCUUGGUCGCUUCAACAAGGACACCUAUUCUACUCCAUCUGUGGCGCCGAGUUUAAGUCCAGGAUCACCAUCUGAUACCAGGGAAUUGCUGUCUGAUGGACGGUACAUGAUUAUGUCAAGGAUGUGA